ACCUCCCAAAAAAGCCCCCACUCUUCUUUUGAUGAAGUACUAUUUCGUCUUCUUCCUCCUCCAGUAGGACUGUUGUAUUGUAUAUUACUGUAGUUUUUUUCAUUGUUUUUAUGGGAUAGCUGUGAGCUUUGUUUGGUUGUUCCAUAAUGCGACCAAUUCUUGAACAGGAUUUUUACACCAUGCUUUGCUACUACUAGUCAAUGUCUUUUUCCCAAUUUGAGCAAUACUGUUUCACAGUUCAACUCCCUACUCUGUCACUUUCUCAACUCAGAAAGGACUCUCUUAUUUGUGUCAAAAUUGAAAAUGAUUCAUGUAGGCAGAUUCUUCACCAACCAAGCUAUAAAUACCACAGAUUCCACCGAAGUCUAGCCCCCCCAUAUCAGUAAAUCUCCCCCUCCAAAGCUCACUUCUAUGGAUCUCACAAGCCCUAAGUACUUUGAAGCUCCUUCCUUUUUGGCUCCCCAUGGGGAGCCACCAUUGGAAGGAAACCCUAGCUUCUACAAGAAAACCAUGGAGAACCCAUUUGUAGAGACCUUCCCUGACCCACUUUGCAAGCUCAGUCUCAAGGAGACAUCUGAGUUUGUGAAGUCAUUUCCAAUGGCAAAUCACAUCACAGAGAGCAGAGGAGGAGGUUAUCUUGAUGUUUCAGCUCAGAGGAGGAGAGAAGGAGUGAGUUCAGUCACAAAAAGGAACAUAGUAGAAGCUCCUUCCACACCUGGUAGGCCCAUUUUCAGCUUCAGUGCUGGCAAUUUCUCAAGAAAAAACUUUCCUUCAAAGUGGGAUGAUGCAGGAAAGUGGCUCAACAGUAGUAGCUCUUGCCAUGACUCCCCUGCUCAUCAUCAUCAACAACAUGGCUUGAAAUCAUCUGAACCCUUGAAAGUUUCCAAACAAUGUGAGGUCUUUGCAGAGAAAUCCAGGGUUACAGAGGAAAAAGUCUCAACCAUUCAUGGGUCUGUAGCUUCUUUGGAACAUCAGAUCUCAGCCAGAGUUUUCAAUGGGGUCUCAGCUUCUUCAGAUGUACUUCUAAAAGAUAAGUUCACAAAUGAGGUAGAAGUAGAACCUAUUUUCCCCAAAUACAGAUGCCUGAAGCCAAUGCAAGAAGGGUUUUUGUUUGGAAACUUGGUUGACAAUUCCAUGAAAGAUGCAUCGACUGAGGCGGUUCAUGAGGUUAAACAUAGAGAUGUCGGGACCGAGAUGACUCCGCUUGGGAGUUCGACAACUUCAAGAUGUCACACACCGUUCAAGAGCUCAUCCCCUGCUCGACACAACACGCCUGCAAAUAGGUCAGGCCCGUUGGCCUUAGUGAGCUCCAAUAGUGCAAACACCGCCAACAUCGACAUUUCCCAACUGCAAGAUUGCCAUUUAGCUAAAUUACAAAUUGGGACUCAAUUUGAUUCCAUUGUUUCGACUUGGAGCUCAAGGGAAGAGGAGGAAGAGGACAUAUCAAAGAGCUUGAGGCACUUUGAGAUUGGGAAUGAGUGCAGGAGAAGUGUUUCGGAGUCAAGACCUUGUACAUGGGAAGAAGAGGAAAAGAACAAGUUUUGCCUCCGGUACCAGAGAGAGGAAGCGAAAAUUCAAGCUUGGGUGAACCUCCAAAGUGCUAAAGCAGAAGCUCAGUCAAGAAAGCUUGAGGUGAAAAUCCAAAGGAUGAAAUCGGAUUUGGAAGAGAAGUUGAUGAAGAGGAUGGCAGUUGUUCAUAGAAGAGCGGAGGAAUGGAGAGCGACGGCCCAAAUGCAACAUGCGGAGCAAAUUCAGAGGGCAAUGAAACAAGCGCAGAAGAUGGUGAACCGGCAGAAUUCACAUUUCUCAGGCCACCAGAGUUCUUGCGGUUGCUUCCCUUGUAAUAAUCAUCUUUGAACAAUAGAAGAAAGUUCAAAAGCCAAUUGGAGAAGAAGACAUAUCCAUGAGAGGAAAGUUAUAGAAAAACAAUCUGCAUUGUGUACCACAUGUUCUUAUGAAAAUAUCCAGAGUUCCAUUUCCCCAAAGCUCUGUUUUGAUUUUAGAUUUGUAGAGCAAAAGAAAAGAAAAGACCCAAAAAAAAAACAAAAAAAAGGCUUCUACUUUAUUA